GUGUCCAGUUUAAAGCUCUGAUGUUCUGAUGGGAAUAUUUUACCUCCGCGAUGUGCGUUAACGAUUAAAAUGUCAGCUCAUCCAUGCGCAUCCGUGUGCGUCUGGGUAAUUCUUUCAAACCAAGCAACAUCCUUGAGUUCAUCUGUCAAAAUAAACAGUCAAAUGGAAAUAUCUGUAACCUGCCGUUUAACUGUUUUGCCUUCCUGUGAAGAUUGUUGCAAAGAGAAACAAUUAAACUUGAUUAACCCCAGAGCCACCCAGAGAACCAUGCAGUGCGCAUGCGGGAAGGUUCCUCCCACUGAAGCGAGUGUUUUCCAAACCCUGUCUCUCAGAGAGACUUGUCACUUAGAAAAUGUUCCCUGAUUAUGAAACUUUGGCUGAAUAGUGCUUGUUCCUGUCUCCAAUGUGGCGACACAUCCAGGAGCCGUCUGAGGAGAAGCCCAGAAUCUCACAUCCUCUUCAGCUCAUAAAGUGCCGAUAUGAUUACGCACAAGCGUGACCGGUCAACCACCGCAGACCGGGUUGGACCUGUUCAGGUUUACGCAGACAAUCUUUACAUUUAGAAUUGGCAUACAGGUGUAAAAUUAAUGCAGUAAAAUAUAAAGCAUUUUAUUUAAAUAUCCAUUCAUUAUUUUACAAGCACAGAGAGCCGCAUCAGAUGGAUGGAAGAGCCGCAUGCGGCUCCAGAGCCGCGGAUUGCCGACCCCUGUGCUAGCCUACUUUAUUGUCCCCAGCAAUUUUUAAACCCCACUCAAGUGUAUGGUUAUUGUCCCCAGCAAUUCUGAAAACAAACUGACGCCCUUGACUGAACUUAAAAUGGCGUUGGAACUGUUUUAUUAAUCUGGAUGUUUUUGAUUCUGGACGAAUCAAAGCUGACAGAUUAAAUAAACACCACAGAGACUCGCUACGCUUCAGACGGGGAAGAUUCUGAUUGGAUCAGCAACAGCAAUGUGUCAUGUGAUAAUUUACCUUAGUGUAUCAGCGUGUCUAGUGAUAGAAUAAGUCAUUUGCUUAUAAAAAACAUAUUUUCAUAAUAUUGUGAUUUCACAGCUGAAGACUUGCCUGUUCAGGCUUUUACGUGACCUUUGUCACCACUCUGUCCUUAUUCUGUUCUUUCUACCUAUUUCGCCUGUCUCGGGAUCCACUGAUAUUACUUUCUCAUUCAUUUUCUCUUUCUCUUUUCUCACAAUUUUCAAUCACAAUUUUUUUAAUUUUUCUCAUUUUUAGGACAUUUUUGAGUCUUUUUAUUUCUUAAACGUGUUCGUGUGAAGCGCCUUGUGAUUCCUAUCUUGAGAGGCGCUAAAUAAAAGAUAGUUUUCUUUCUUUAGAGUCAGGUGUUUUAAAAAAAUGUUGAAAGGUAUGCUACGUUACAGCAGACAGUCAGGAGGAUCUGACCUUUGUGCGAACUCCCUGACAGGUAACAAUUGUUAUCACACAGGAGGAAGGAGACACACAACCGAAGAGGUUUGGCUCAUUAAACUAACCAGUCAGACAAGACUGAGACACAGACAUGCUCAGACUCAUCUGAACCCCGAGGAUCCGUGUUUUUUUUUACUACUUUACAGUAUUUAAAACCUUUGAUCUGGAUUACACCUUGGCAGCCCGUGAUGAGGAAGAGAUCGGCUCCACCUGAGCCAGAUGGUGUGUCCAUGUGGUUGGGUCAGCUCAUAAGACCACCAGUUGGUUUCCGGGAUGAAGACCAGAUUGUUUAUAAACCCCAUUUGGAGGAUGAGAAACAAAAUCCACCAAUAUCUUUGACAAAUAAACGGGCCAAAUCCCUAAGUGUGCAUUUUAAUGUCUACAAUGAAGAAUCCAUCCACCAACAAAGGCCUGGUGAGCAGCAGCCAGGUGACCCCAGGCCCACCUGUGUGUCUUUGAGAACUGAAAGAUCUAAAAAUGAACCAAUUCAGUUUAAGGAUGGAAACCUCCCAGAAGAUGAAAUUGCUGAUCCCACGUCUGCUCAUCCAAACCAGACAGGUUCAGGUGAGCAGAUUCCCGGUGAUCAUGAAGAGUACAGUAAACAACUGGAUUCUGCCUUUAAGGAGUUGAAAGAGGAAGUUAACACCUUCACAGAAAAGGAACUUGAGAGACUGAGAAACAUCCUGAGUCUGGAGGAUUCAGGGAGGCUCCAAGAGGAUCAUGAAGAAACCAACGAAGAAAAAGAACAAAUGAACAUCAAAAGAGACUUUUUUCUGAAGUUCACAAUGACUUUCCUUAGUAAAUGGAAGCCAGAGUGGCUCUCUGACAUUCUGCAAAAAAAAACUCAUGUGAUGAUUUAUCAACUGAAAUUCAAAUCUCAUCUGAUGAAAAAGUGUAAAAGUGUGUGUGAGACUACCACAAAGGCAACAUUUGUGGAUCAGAUCUACACUGAGCUCUACGUCACAGAGCAUGGGAGACGAGAGGCCAAUGGGCAACAUGAGCUUCAACAGAUAGGAGCAGCAUCUUGGAUACCAGAAAGUUCAAAAAGCACAAUCAGCUGUGACGAUAUCUUUAAACGUAGAGAAGGGGAGCCAGGCUGGACACUAAUGACCAAAGGAGUUGCAGGAAUUGGGAAAACAGUUCUGACACAUAAGUACACCUUGGACUGGGUUGAAGAGAAAGCCAAUCACAACAUACAGUUUAUCUUCCCGUUUACUUUCCGUGAGCUCAAUUUGCUAAAAGGUAAAACCUACAGCUUAGUGGAACUCAUCCAUUACGUCUUCACUGAUAUCAAAGAAGCUGGAAUAUGCAGGUUUGAGGAGUUCCAGGUUGUGUUCAUCUUUGAUGGUCUGGAUGAGUGUCGCCCCCCUCUGGACUUCAAUGAGACUCAGAUCUUGACAGAUGUUACAGAGUCUGCUCCAGUGGAUGUGUUGAUCAUAAACCUCAUUAGAAGAAAGUUACUUCCAUCUGCUCACCUCUGGAUUACCACAAGACCAGCAGCAGCCAAUCAGAUCCCUCCCGAGUUUGUUGACAUGGUGACAGAGGUCAGAGGGUUUAAAGAUCCACAGAAGGAAGAAUACUUCAAGAAAAGGUUUACUGAUGAAGAACAUGCCGACAGAAUAGUCUCCCAUAUCGGGACAUCACGAAGCCUCCACAUCAUGUGCCACAUCCCUGUGUUCUGCUGCAUCACAGCUACAGUCCUGGACCAUGUCCUGAAGAACAGCGAGAACAAAGAGUUGCCGAAGACCCUUACUGAGCUGUACAUCCAUUUCCUGUUGGUUCAGGCAAAAAGAGACAAGGAGAAGUAUCUCACACACCUUCCAGCAGGUCCAAUAUGGAAUGAAGAGACCAAGAAGAUGUUUCGUUCUCUGGGAAAACUAGCAUUCAAGCAGCUAGAAAAAGGAAACCUGAUGUUCUAUGAAGAGGAUCUAAAAGAGUUUAACAUGAAUAUAAAUACAGCCUCAAUGUACUCUGGAAUGUUCACAGAGAUCUUCAAGGAAGAGUGUGGACUGAACCAGGAGAGGGUCUUUUCCUUUGUUCAUCUGAGCAUUCAAGAGUUUCUGGCUGCCCUUUAUGUGUUUUUGAAGUUCAAUAACACAGGAGUCAAUGUCCUGAAAGGAAGGAGUGUGUCGGUUCUGAGCGAAGCUAAAACUAAGCAGUUCUACCUGAGUGCAGUGGACAAAGCUUUAGAGAGUCCAAAUGGACACCUGGACAUGUUUGUUCACUUCCUGUUGGGCCUUUCGCUGAAAACAAAUCAAAGGCUCUUAAAGGGUUUGGUUUCGAAGACGAGACGUAAACCACAGGCUACAGAGACUCUUGUGCAGUAUGUAAAGAAAAAGGUCAAUAACUGUUCUUCGACUGAGAGAAGCAUCCGAAUGUUCCACUGGCUGAAUGAACUGAAUGAUCGUUCUCUAGAGGAGGAGAUCCAGCAGUCGCUCAGCGAAAGCGACUUUGCAAAGAAGCUCACUGCAUCUCAGUGGAGAGCUCUUGCCUUUAUUUUGCUGUCAUCUCAGAGACAAUUAGAGACUUUUGACUUGAAGAAAUUUUGUGCUUCAAAAGAGGCACUUAAGUGGCUGCAGCCCGUGGUUAAAGCAUCAAAAAUAUCUUUGCUGAGUGACUGUAACCUCUCGUGGAGAAGCUGUAUAUCUCUGGUGGACAUUUUAACCUGUGAGAACUCUCAUCUCAGAGAGUUGGACCUGAGCAACAAUGACCUGCGUGAUGCUGGUGUAAAGCUGCUUUCUCAGGGACUUAAGAAUCCAAUGUGCCGACUGGAGGUCCUCAGCUUGUCAGGCUGUCUGGUCACACAGGAAGGCUGUGAUUCUCUGGCAACAGCUCUGAGCUUCAACCCAUCCCAUCUGAGAGAGCUGGACCUGAGCUUCAACCAUCCAGGAGAAUCAGGACUGCACCGUCUUUUUGCUGGGCUGCAGGAACAAAAGUGGAAACUGAAAGCUCUUAAGUACAGUCAGAUAAAUAAUACUGUCAGUUUAUUUAAUGCAUGCGUUGAUGCUCUUGUUCAUUUCUUACUCUCCAUACACAGAACUGAUCAUUGUGGAAAGUCUAGACUGAGUCCAUCACCACAAAGAUUCUUUUGUGAGCUCACUUUGGAUCUACGUACAGCGAACGAAAACCUCCAAGUAUCCCAGAACCUGAAAUAUGCCAUCGUAAUGAAAGAGAAGCAGUCAUACCCUGAUCAACCAGAGAGGUUUGUAAAGUGGAAACAGCUGCUUUGCGGUGAUGGUUUCACUGGUCGCUGCUACUGGGAGGUCAAAUGGAAAGGAAGUGUUAGAAUAGGAGUGACGUACAAAACAAUCAAGAGGAAGGGGAAAGGUGAGGACAUCUGCAUUGGGAAGAAUGAUCACUCCUGGAGUCUCUUCUGCACCCAGCAGGGGUUCACUGCUUGGCAUAAAAACACAGCACUGGAUGUAGAAAUGCCACAAAACACUGAGUCUAACAGAAUAGCUGUGUAUCUGGACUGGUCUGCAGGAACGCUGUCCUUCUACUGUUUGCCCAAACUGGUUUCCUCAAUACAGAAGAUCCACCUCCACACUUUUCAGGCCACAUUCACCGAACCGCUGUACCCUGUGUUUGGGUUUGGACACUUCUAUAAAUUUAAGAAGGACUCUACACUGUUAUAUUCCUCAGUGUAUCUGACACAGGUUGACUGAGGACGUCUCCCCAUCUGCUUCGAAUUGUCCCCAGCAGGACUCAGAAAGUACAACUGAAUGUUUAAAUGGUCCUUCAAUAUUGUGUGGUUUGCAUUUUUCUAUCUGUACUUAUAAAUCAAUGAUGUUGUACAUUAUACUGUUGAUGCAAAGGUUUUCCUCAUUAACACCAGUUAAAAUAACACAUCACCAAAUGUCAGAGCUGAAACAAAGUGCUGCUAAUAUACAUUUUAAAAUUUUAACAUGCCUUUACCGUAACCAAGUCUAUCGCUUAUUUGCAUGACAGUUUAAUGUUUGAGUGAAAAUAUUUAUUUCUGUUUUGUCAGUCAUAGCAGAGGCAGUAAUUCAGGCAGUAAUUGACUGGUUCAGUCAAUAUUUAAAUAACAUUAGUUAAUUUUUGACAUGCAAAUCAUUCAUUAUUUUUUCCUUAUUAUAUAAUAAUUUUGUUAUUUACUGGGGUUUUAUCAUUUCCAUGCUGAAAAUAUUUACCUUCUUGGACUUCAGAAUUCCUAAAUUAUCCGACCUACAGAGGCAUUUCAAUUGGAUUCUGGUCAUUUUCUGCAACCGAAGAGAAACCUUAGAUUCUUCCUAGUGCUUUGCACAAUUCCUCAGGUUUGUCUGAAACUUUAACUCACUUAAAUGUUGGAAAAGUUGGUUAUUGGUUUUUCAUGUGUAGCGGAAAUCCACAUUUCAUAUUCUCAGAUUAACUUAUUUUCAUACAAAGUUUUCUUUCUCUCACUCUUAGCAGCAAAAAGGGAAAUUUGAAACUGGCUGUAGUCAUAUAAAUUCCAACAUUCCCUUUCCAGCACAUCUGGCCAACUCCUACCUUUUCCCAGAGACAUACAUUUUACCAAGUGACUUUUUUCCCUCCUUUACCAAUCGGAGAAGCAGGACGAUAUCAGAAACUGAUCUGUUCUAUGUCAACCUGCCAAGACCUGGCUCUCACCUAAGACUUGGGAGCUCGUAAAACUUCUCAGGGCGUGUUCUGGAAGGUUCCAGAAUUUAGUCUUUAUAAAAACCCUGGUAUUUCUGUUUAUCCAACAUCAAAAUGUGCUUCAGGUUGUUCACCAUUAAAAAUCAAGGUGUUCAAAGUAAAUGUUUAAACUCUUAUCAAUUACAAACCUAACUGCUUGUUAUGUGUUAUUUUCUUUUAUGUUAAACCUCUGCCGUUUUUGUUUCACCAGUUAAAAUUCAUGCUAGCAGCAAUACAGUCAAGCUUAAGACAUGCAUUUAGUUCUUUUCUAUUUAAAGUAAUACCUUUUGAGGCCUUAUAUGGAUAACUUUGGUAAAUUGUGAUUAUGGACCUUUCAUUGUUGAAAGUGUAGUUAUUUGAAAGAGCCAUAGUGCCAUCCAGUGGUUAAUGAGUGAAAUACAUGUGGGUGUGACUAAAGAAGGUUGUAAAGGCCAGGUUUCAACCUCGUGACGGCAGAGCAAAGAACAAAGGACACCUUAAGCACAAAUCCCUGCUAAGCUUUUCCAUCUUGCCUAACAACGUCGUCGCUUUCAAAGUUUUUUUAGUCAUUAGCUCUCAAAAUUUACGGUAAAACUCAACAGCACUCAGUUUGUUUUGUUAGACCUUCUACGUCAAACCGGAAGUCGGUUUGGUCCAGUAAAGUUUUCACAGUAAGAGUCAA